AUAUUUAAAUUGUUGCUUAAUAAAUACAAAUACAUGUUUAGCCUGUGUUACAUUGUGGUUUUCUUUGUCCUUUAAGUGGAAACUGUCAAUUGGUUAGUAUGACUAUGUACUGUAUAUUAAUUACUAUUACUUUAACAGUGAGCAUGUUUAAGUUUAAAAGGUGUUUAACAAACAUUUAAAAAUGAAGAAAAGAAUGCUAGAGUCUUUGGUAAUCUGCUCACAUAUUAAAGACACGUUACCUGUGACCAAGGAUUGCAAUGGAACAUUGCAACAUUGCUUUGCUAUUAACAGCUAUUGCCAGGUACAAGGCAAACGAAAAGUUGGGAAACAGUGCCACAAAGCGAGGUUUGUUCAUGCCAGUGGUCAUAUUUUGAUGGGAGUUAUCAUGAGAAGAAUUGCUAUAAGAAAUAUGGGGCAUAGAAAUUGUAGGUCACAUAAGAAGUGGUUUCUAAGAAAUGUGCUUGGUUGCCAAGUUAAACAUUCCCCGUCACUCCAGCUGCUGCCAUCGGAUAUGUGUGGGUUUCCACUUUCUCUUCCACAGUGGGACAACCCCACAUUCUGCAGAACUCUUCCAAAUGGAUAAAACUAUGUAGAGUUAACUUAUAGGUGAGGCAAGGUGUUUGCAUGGAUACAAAAGGCGCUGAGCUGAGCGGUGGAAACGAUUUCCGCUGGAGAAGAUGAUCAAUGUGCAGGCGAGGAGCAGUCAGGGAGUUACUGGGACAAGGCGGUGGGAAAGUGAGGGAGAGCGUCUCUGUCUAGACAAUAAACUGCUUCAGUUAAUACACAGUCUUGCUGGCAGGAUGGGGGAUGAGACUGUUGGCUUAGCGUGAGGUCUCAGUGUCCAUAUGAAAGGGCUACAGUUUCCUAGACGGGGAAUGAAUCACUCUGGUACUACGGCUGCUAGCUGAUUAAUGGCCCCUUAUCAAGAAACGUAAAAGCGCGCUGCCUGUGCAUAGAAGUGUCCAUAUAUCGUUCUGUUUCGUCUUUUUCUAACAAAGAGAUUUAUGGCAAACAUAGCAUCAUAUUAUCUCCUACAUUUUACUAUUUGUUGUGUGAGAAUGGAUUGAACUAUAACACCACAGCUAUCAUAGAUCAAACCAAAUUAUAUAGUUCAUAAAUAUCGUGAUAAGCAACUGUGGUGACAGAAAAGAGAAUCUACAGCUGCACGAAGAAACAGCAUUUUUAAGGUUUUAUUGUCCUGCAGGUUGUAAACUGAAGCAGAGGAUAUUUCGGGGUCACAUUCACCUGAUGAGUCCUGAAUGACCAUUGUUAUUCGGGUGCAUUACUCCCGCUGAUUGGAUUUAUGCUUGCAAUACUUGAUUAAACCAUGUCCGAUUGAUUCAUUUACAUUUCAGACAUUUACUGUAAUGGGACAUGCAUCCUGAGUAAAUGGGAAUGCAUUAUGUCAGGAGAGUAAAAAUAAAAGUCACGGUGUUCCGAAAAUAGAUAAAUCGCUCCAAAGCCGUAUACUCCCACUGAGGGCAAAGCUUUAUCAGCCACUGUCUUCUGUCACAUGUUGAAAUGAAUGCUUAGAUUUGAUUGCAUGUGACGAGAAUACAAUUAAGUGCAGCUUAUUAAAUUGCACACCAUGUCUGAGUCAUUUAAAUGCUGUGCCCCCUUAUCUUUGUUUUGUUUUUUUGUUCUCCUAAAGGCUCAUCUCACACCAGAAUGGGCAUGAAGAAGCUCGCCAUCUUUCUCCUGGUCCUUUCUCUUUGUCUAGAGGGAGGUUCGGCCAAAGAAAAAGGAACAAAGAAGGGAAAUAAAAAAGAGAAGCAGUUUUACUGUCCAUCACAGCUGUCAGCUGAGGAUCUGGCCCGAGUCCCCGAGAAUACAACCAGUACCAUCUUGAACAAGUUACUGAUCACCUAUGAUCCCAGAAUAAGGCCCAACUUCAAAGGAAUUCCUGUGGAAGACAGAGUGAACAUUUUCAUCAACAGUUUUGGCUCCAUUCAAGAAACGACGAUGGAUUACAGAGUCAACAUCUUCCUGCGGCAGCGAUGGAACGACCCGAGGCUAAAGCUACCGCAGGACUUCAAGUCUGAUUCUCUCACCGUCGAUCCAAAGAUGUUCAAAUGUCUCUGGAAACCUGACCUGUUCUUCGCCAACGAGAAGAGUGCCAAUUUUCACGACGUUACCCAGGAGAACAUUCUCCUCUUCAUUUUCCGUAACGGAGACGUCCUCAUCAGUAUGAGGUUGUCCGUCACCCUUUCCUGUCCUCUGGACCUCGCAUUGUUCCCUAUGGACACACAGAGGUGUAAGAUGCAACUUGAAAGCUUUGGCUACACCACAGACGACCUGCAGUUUAUGUGGCAGACAGGAGACCCAGUGCAAAUGGAGGCCAUCACUCUGCCACUGUUUGAUAUCAGACAAGAAGAUAUUGAUUAUGGGAACUGCACCAAAUUCUAUUCAGGAACAGGGUACUACACUUGUGUGGAGGUUAUCUUCACCCUAAGGCGUCAGGUUGGCUUCUACAUGAUGGGCGUUUACGCCCCCACGCUGCUCAUCGUAGUCCUCUCCUGGCUUUCCUUCUGGAUCAACCCUGAUGCGAGUGCCGCCAGGGUGCCUUUGGGGUCGAGUGCAUAGUUGGAUGUUAGAGCAAAAAGAGGGGUGAGUGAGACUGCGAGUGUCAUUGAGGUAAUUAGGUGGGAAAAAUCCAUAUGGAAAAUAUUGUAGUUGAUCAAAUAAUCUGUAUUUAUAUAUAUUUAGGGAUCACUGACAUUGCCGCCCCAAUCACGACAACAUCAAUCACUUUGACACCACAAAGGACUAUAUUGAUCAACCAUGGUGCCAUGUCCAGUGUUGUUCUAUAUGUGAUAAAUCACUGAUUAUAGCUGUAAUUGACAGAAGGGACCCACCACAGCGGUGCUUUAGGUACAGUCGUGCUUUUAAGUAGCAUUUAUUGAGUUUACGUCUCAAUGAAUGGGAAUUUGAGCCCCUGUUUAUGUGUACUUACUGCACUUUUUUACUGUAAAAGUCCCUAGUUUUUAGUCAUUGGAAAGAACCGAAGGCUAAUAGGUUUGAUUUCCACAUCUGUCAUUGAUCUGCCAACGCACUCAGUCACAACAAAUUACCUAAAUGACUAAAAUCUCAAAUAUAACCCCACCAGUUACUUUCCCUGCUGAUUUGAUCCCUUUUGCCACAAACAAUUUAACUACAUUUAGUAAAUUUUGGCUACUGGCUAAGUUCAAAGUAUGCAGGUACAAAGUUUAGCUGAUGGCAGGAAACAAUUACAGACUCUUGUGUUUCUGUUAAAUCUUUAUGUUAAUCAUUGUGGGCAGCAAGAGUUUUUCAGGAGACAGAGAGAACCAGGACACUCAGCUGGCCAACGAGGUACACCUGAUCUCUAUUAACCCAAAUUAAUGAAGGGCUGUGCUGAGGCGCAUGAGGAGCAGUGCUUUGUUUGGUCCAAAUGGACGACUGAUGAAAGUGAUGACCUCACCUCAUUACUUAUUACUCUUCACCAUUUCUUUUUUUCUUUUUGCAGCCCUGCAUAUUUUUAUUUGUAAUAAGUUACCAAACAAAGUAUAUUCUUUUAUAUUAUGUAUUACUAUAUCAGUCUGUGCUACAUAUUAAUGUACUUCACAUACAUCCAGGCUAACACUGCACAUGGUAGAACUGAACAACACGUUCCCAUCCCAACUCAUCAUAUACUAACGCUUUGUCAGACCCCUUAGUGUCGGACCCCUUUUGCUUGACACCUCCACCCCCUCCCUUGUGUGUCGGAAUCAGACGUGGAGGGGCGUGACAGAACGGCGGUAUUUGACGCCCAGGAAAUGAGAACGGCCUGAAUUGACGCAUGAUAUUAAGAAUUCAGACAAAGCUUCUGUUUGCUUAACAAUGGGCAUUCCACUUCACCUCUUACUUUUUACCCCUCCAUAAUUUCACCUGCGUGUGAUAUGUCAUUGUCACCCACAAACAGUAUCCCAGGGGCACCUCUGUGUGUGCAGGGCUGCAUGGAUGAGAUAAUCAUUUUGUUAUCUCACUCCAGUCGUCCACUUCCUCCUUUUCUCCAUCCUCCCCCAGUUGUUUAUCACCACUUUCGUCCCAUCAUCACUCCAACUCCUCCUGGAUGCCUCCUCUGACUUCUCUCUAAAUGGGAUCAGUCCAGGUCAGUCAACAUUUAGGUGUGGGACUACGCUCAUUUAUUGCUCUUCUGUGUGUGUGUGUGUGUGUGUGUGUGUGUGUUAGCCUUUAAGUGUGUGUCCAUGUCUUUGUGUUGAUGGGUUUUAUUUAACCGUGCGUUUUUGUGUAUUUUCAUCGAUACACGGUGUGUUGUCUUUUCCCAUAGGGGGGUGUGAGUUAAUGUUACAAUUAAAUGGGUUUACCUUUGCAUUUCAGAAAUAUGUUUUUUUAGAUUUUCUGUCUGAUACAAAGUCCAGGUUUACUUUGGACAGCUGAGCUGGCAGCUGAGUGUGUCAUUGGGGAACAAGUCAAACAAAGCUAUUUUCGAAUCGCCACCACUUGUUUCUCUCUCUUUGUGGAUAAUAGUUUGGCUUCCAUGAUGACAAAUGCUCCGUUUAACAGCUCGUUGCAGUGAUGAAGGAGCAGUUUGAUUAGAAAUCCUGAACCCUAUAUGAACUCUCCCUUGACGAGUAGGGACCAUAACCUGACCAUAAUGAGGCCUGGAGGCAAAAUCCACCGGUCAUUCCAUUGUAUUUAUUACCUCUCUAAAGAAUCAUUACAGGAAGGGAAAUUGGAGUAAAGCCAUUCAUUGGUGGUUAUAAUACCAUCCUUUAAAGAGUGGUUGUAAUUAUUUCUGCUGUGCACUGGGAAUCUCUAACCUGUAAUCUCGUUAGCUAUCAGAGAUAAAAACUAUUUAAAAUUACUGCAAUUAGAGGAUGUCUGAGCUCUUGGAGACAUCCUAAUGAAAGAGGUAAAGGAACAUGUUCUAAGAAACCCUGUGUGGAUGUGAGGUUUUUAUUACAGUGUAUGUGCAUAUUGGGAGAUUCAUUUGUUCAGUAUUAUGUGCUUUGAAGAGGAAAUGAAUCAGUUUUGUUUCUCUCAGCAGUAGGUUGAUAAAAUGCUUUUCCACAGUGGAAACAAGCAUUUAGGCGGCACAAGCUGGACUGUCUUAUGUAACCGGUGUUUCAUUACUACAUGGUUAAAUUCAACAUAUGAUUAACCGGAGCUGGGUAUUGAUCCUCAAUACUUUCUUGGCCAAAAUAUAAAAGAAUUGUACCAGAAGUUGACAUUAGCUGUGUUUCCGUUCAAAUAUUUUGAUGUAUCGCAUUAGAAAAGCCAUAUGGAAAUGAAAAAAAAUCAAUAAAACUUCCUCAAAUGUGCUAAAUGUAUUAUGGAAGCACCAAUUAAGUUCUGACGCUCUUAACUCACAUCACUGAUCAGCUGAUCGUUACCGAUUAGUCAUUGUCGGUGAAAAAGUUACAAUUUUCUUUUUCUUUCAUCCAACUUCUUCUCACUUUGCUGACUGAUAAGGUUAAUCGUCUUCCCUCUUUGUCUAGGCAUCCUCUCGGUGCUCUCUCUGUCCUCCGAGUGCACCUCCCUGGCUUCGGAGCUGCCCAAAGUGUCCUACGUCAAGGCCAUCGACAUCUGGC